AUGUCUUCCAUGAUUACAACUACGACAUGGGUGAGGCGUGGUGUCGCUGCCCAGUUCCCCACCAAAUAUGAGAUCGACGAGGCCGAGAUGGGCCGUAUAUCUAAGCUUGCGCGCAUGCAGCUUGAGGAUGCAAAGGACGAUAUGAACGCUGCCCAGGACGGUUCUGGAGAUGAGCGUGAUGAUGCUAUGGAGGAAGAUACCGAGGAGAAGACCUCAGCAACCAAUGGCACGGAUUCAAAGGACGAUGAUGAUGUGUUGAAGGAAUUCGACAUGGAUAACUACGACAAGGAGGAGGUCGAUGAGGACGGCGAGAAGGUCACCAUGUUCGGCAACGUCCAAUCCCUGGCCUACCACCAGCCCAACGAGGAAGACCCGUACCUUGUGAUCCCCGAGGACGAGGAUGAUGAGGAACGCGAGGAGCUCCAGAUUAUGCCGCACGACAACCUUUUAUUGGCUGGAAAGGUGGAGGACGAAGUGGCGCACUUGGAAGUCUAUGUCUACGAAGACAAAGCGGAUAACCUCUAUGUGCACCACGACAUCAUGCUGCCCGGCAUCCCGCUUUGCACAGAAUGGCUUGAUAUUCCCGUUGGCAAGAACCCAGAAGGUCGGACACAAGGAAACUUCGUGGCUAUCGGAACCAUGGAGCCUGAUAUCGAGAUUUGGGAUUUGGAUGUCGUGGAUUGCAUGUACCCCAACGCGAUUCUCGGACAGGGCGGCCAGGACGCCGAGAAGGCGAAGAAGAAGCAAAAGAAGAAGGCCAAGGCCAACGACGAGUACCACAUCGAUGCCGUCCUGGCGCUGGCCGCCAACCGUCAGCACCGCAACCUGCUUGCCUCGGCCUCAGCCGAUAAGACCGUCAAGCUCUGGGAUCUCACCACUGCCACCUGCGCCAAGUCCUACACCAACCACAAGGACAAGGUUUGCUCACUAGACUGGCAUCCGACUGAGUCCACCAUCCUGCUGAGCGGCAGUUACGACCGCACGGUAGUGGCAGCGGACAUGCGUGCACCGGACGCGCAGGCGCGCUGGGGCGUCGACGCAGACGUCGAGUGUGUACGCUGGGACUCGCACGACACGAACUUCUUCUACGUGACCACCGACGGCGGCAUGGUUUACCGCUACGACAUGCGUAAUAUUCCCGCCACCCCUGCCGAGUCCAAGCCCGUCUGGUCUCUGCAAGCACACGACUCCUCCGUUUCAUCCUUCGACAUCAACCGCUCCAUCCCCGGCUUCCUUGUCACUGGUUCAACAGACAAGACCGUCAAGCUGUGGAGCGUCGAGAAUGACAAGCCCACUCUGGUUGUCACGCGCAAGCUUGAGGUCGGCAAGGUGUUCUCUACUACCUUCGCCCCCGACCAGGAGGUUAGCUUCCGGUUGGCAGUUGCUGGUAGCAAGGGUAAUGUGCAGAUCUGGGAUGCUUCGACUAACGGCGCUGUCCGUCGUGCGUUUGUGUCUCGCAUGCCUGACCUUGCUGGUGACGUCCAGGAGCGCACUAUUGGUAUCAAUCCUGAUAAUGAUGAGUCUGAUGACGACGAGGAGGUGGAGGGUGAUGAGGAUGAGCCUCGCGGUGGUGAUGGCUGGGAGUCGAUGGAUGAAGACUAG